AUGGAGGAAGAGAGAGUUUACAAAGCUCACGUUAUUGUAUUCCCGUUUUAUGGGCAAGGUCAUCUCAAUCCGAUGCUCCAGUUUUCUAAACGUUUGGCCUCAAAAGGACUUAAAGCCAUCGUAACUACCGUUCUUUCAGUUACCAAAACCAUGCCUAGUAGAGCUGGGUCAAUUGCCUUUGAGCCAGUAUAUGAUGAUUGCACUGAAGGCGGGAUUCAAGGACCUGGAGGAUUUAAGGGCUAUCUUGAUAGGUUUGAAGCGAGUGGCACAUGUUGCGUAACUGAGCUCAUCAGGAAACUAGAAAGCUCUGAGUAUCCUGUUAAGUGUCUCGUGUAUGACGGUAAUAUGCCAUGGGCUCUCAACAUAGCCAAGCAGUUGGGCAUAGCUGCAGCUGCAUUUUUUACACAGUCAUGUGCUGCCAUUGCGAGUUACUACCCCAUGCAUCUCGACUUAUUAGGAGAGCCACUGCCGGUGCUUGCUUUUCCAAUGCCUGCUUUGCCAGAGAUCAGGAUUCCAAAGAUGCCAUUGUUCG